AAGAGAGGAAUAAUGUCGUGAGAGAGACAAUAAAAGAGGAGAUUCACUGGAGUUGGUGGGACCAGGGGGGAGCGAGAAUGGGCGGGGUAAUCUCACCGGCGCCACUUUAAUAAAAAAAAAGCAGCCGCACAGACCUGUCAAUCAACAAGCAACCCAGACAGACAUCAGCCCCCAGUGGCUGGCUGUGAGCUGUAAGAGAGCAGCGUCAUAGUUGGCCGAGAGCCGCACCGUCUGGAAUGAAACGGGCGCAGCGAUUGGCUCGACUUUUUUGCCCUAGACAACUCACUCUCUCUCCCCCUUUUGUUAUUGCAAGCAAACUGGAGAAGAGCCGAGGGAGUAACAGGAUGAACGAAGGGAGCGAGAGAGGGCGAUAGACUGAUAACAGUCUAGACAGACAGCUCCACAGAGAGAGGGGUAAAAGGGGAAAUACAUUUGGAAUACUGCUUCAGAUCUCCCUCUACAUAUUUGUCCAGUUAUCCUGUUGAUUUGGAGAUGUCAGUGAACUCCCCCAACAGUAACGAUGCCUGCCUGAGCAUCGUGCACAGCCUCAUGUGCCACCGACAGGGCGGUGAGAACGAGGGCUUUGCCAAGCGUGCCAUAGAGAGCCUGGUGAAGAAGCUGAAGGAGAAGAAGGAUGAGCUGGACUCGCUCAUCACCGCCAUCACCACCAACGGAGUUCACCCCAGCAAGUGUGUCACCAUCCAGAGGACGCUUGAUGGACGCCUGCAGGUAGCUGGGAGGAAAGGGUUCCCCCAUGUGAUCUACGCUAGGCUCUGGCGCUGGCCAGACCUCCACAAGAAUGAACUGAAGCACGUCAAGUUCUGCCAGUUCGCAUUUGACCUCAAGUAUGACAAUGUGUGUGUCAACCCCUACCACUACGAGCGAGUGGUAUCGCCAGGCAUUGUUGGUCUCAGCAUUCAAAAUGCAGGUGAGGAGGAAAACACUAUUUUCAGCAUCAUCAAACAUCAUCAAAAUGGUCCUCCAGGUCGGCUGAUCAAAGAGGAGUACAUCCAUGACUGUUUUGAGAUGGACCUCCCCUCCAGGAUGCCCCCCCAGCCCGAGCGCUACAACCAGCCCCUUCCCCCUCUGCAGAUGCCCCCCGAGCCACCCCACGCCCCAUCCUCCGUCAACCUCUACCCCAGCAUGCCCCUCUCUCCGCCAGUGAGCAGUUCCAUGAUGGGGCCCAUGUCUGGGGGCCACGGCGAGGGCCUGCUCCAGAUCGCCUCUCCCCAGAGCCAGGGCAUGCCCCAGACGCCGCCACCCACCACUCCCACACACGGACCACCCCCCCAGCCCCCUACCCCUCACAGCCAGAUUGACUACAGCAGCAGCUCCAAACACACACAGACACAGAGCUCUUAUCACACGACCUGGACAGGCACCAGCACGGCCUCCUAUACCCCUGUAGGAGCCCAGCAGAAUGGGCGUGGCCACCAGCAACCACCACUGCACCACCCCAACCACUUCUGGUCUCAGCAACAUCACAGCGCACCCGCCUUUCCUCAGCCAGUCUCCAACCAUCCAGGUCCAGAGUUCUGGUGCUCCAUCUCCUACUUUGAGAUGGACAUCCAGGUUGGGGAGAUGUUCAAGGUCCUGGCUAACUGCCCCGUGGUGACAGUGGAUGGAUACGUGGACCCCUCGGGGGGCGACCGCUUCUGUCUGGGCCAGCUCAGCAACGUGCACCGCACCGACGCUAGCGAGAGAGCCAGGUUGCACAUUGGGAAGGGGGUGCAGUUAGAGUGUCGUGGUGAGGGGGAUGUGUGGAUGCGUUGCCUUAGCGACCAUGCAGUGUUCGUACAGAGCUACUACCUGGACCGGGAGGCGGGGCGAGCCCCGGGAGACGCAGUUCACAAGAUCUACCCUGGGGCCUACAUGAAGGUGUUUGACCUGCGUCAGUGCCACAGGCAGAUGCAGCAGCAGGCAGCCACGGCCCAGGCUGCAGCAGCAGCACAGGCUGCAGCAGUGGCAGGCAACAUCCCAGGGCCUGGCAGUGUGGGGGGAAUCGCCCCGGCAGUCAGUCUGUCGGCGGCAGCCGGGAUAGGUGUGGACGACCUGCGGCGGCUGUGUAUCCUGCGGCUCAGCUUUGUGAAGGGCUGGGGGCCCGACUACCCCCGGCAGAGCAUCAAGCACACCCCCUGCUGGGUGGAGGUCCACCUGCACCGUGCCCUGCAGCUGCUGGAUGAGGUGCUGCACACCAUGCCUCUGGCUGACCUAGGAGGACACGGACAUGUCAACUAAGCAGUGUGUGUGUGUGGGUGUGUGUGAGAGAGAGGUGGCAGUGUCUCAGUUGCUUGGUUUGGAUGAUAACUGCCCUUCAUGAACACUACAGUACGUUUUGGAUUGGAUACCUUUUUCCCCACCACCUGAAACAAAGACUGUAGGCUUUAAUAGAAACUUCUAUCGAACUUCUAUUGAAAAGGUAUUUUCAUGCUUUUAUAUAUUUUCCUUGAAUCGCCUGAUUUUCCUGAAGCAGUUUAGACUGCAAAAUGUACUUGCUCAACAGACAAUCUUUUCACAGAGACUGGAACUUGCACUAAAGGCAUCAAUUUUUUCUAGUAGUGGUAGAGACUGUAAGGGAUGGACUGUGUCACAACAAUGGAAACUGGCCUCGUACCUCCAAUGACCUGGUAACCUGCCUGGAUAAAACACUUUGGGAAUUGUUCAGAAAGUCAGAAUGAUAGCACAUGUGCUGCAGUGGAUUCUCACUUAAGCAGUGUUGGAAUUAUGCCUUGAUUACAGGGCAGCAGACUCAGACAGGUAUAUUGCAUUUGGAGAAUGCUGCUGUCCUUUAACUGCCUUCAUUAGGGUCUGUUUGUUCUUCAGGGAGAAAUUGAAAUAAUAGUCACCACAAUCUCCAUCAACCUUUUCUCUUAUCAGUCUUUUUCAUCAACCUGCAUCAUGUGACUCAGUUAUAUUUAUACUGGACAAAAAUAUAAAUGCAACAUGUAAAGUGUUGGUCUCGUGUUUCAUGAGCUGAAUUAAAAGAUCCCAGAAAUGUUCCAUAAGCACAAAAAGUUAAUUUUUCCCAAAUGUUGUGAACACAUUUGUUUACAUUCUUGUUAAUGGGCAUUUUAGCCUUUGUCAAGAUAAUCCAACCACCUAAGGUGUGGCAUAUCAAGAAGCUGAUUGAACAGCAUAAUCAUUACACAGGUGCACCUUGUGCUGGGGACAAUGAAAGGACACUCUAAAAAGUGCAGUUUUUCCACACAACACAAUGCCACAGAUGUCUCAGGUUUUGAGGGAGCAUACAAAUGUAAUGAUAACUGCAGGAAUGUCCACCAAAGCUGUUGCCAGAGAAUUCAAUGUUAAUAUCUCUACCAUAAACUUAAAUUUGGCUAUAAAUUCAUUCUGAUUGUCUGGGUCUGGCUCCCAAGUGGGUGGGCCUAUGUCCUCCCAGACCCACCCAUGGCUGCGCCUCUGCCCAGCCAUGUGAAAUCCAUAGAUUAGGGUCUAAUGAUUUUAUUUCAAUUGACUGAUUUCCUUAUAUGAACUGUAGCUCAGCAAAACCUUUUACAUUGUUGCAUGUUGCAUUUAUAUUUGUGUUCAGUAUAGUUACCAAAAACAAGAAAUGGAAUAUCAAGAAUCUCAUUGAUUAUAUUUAUUGAUGGAAAUUUCUACAUAGGAUUUGUAACGUUUUGUUCAUUCAGAUAAACAGACCAAAGUUGUCAGAACGAUUUUUCACUGCUAUUUUAUGGCCAAAAAACCUUUGCUGAAUGUGCUUAUUUUCGUUUUGUGUCCUGCCUUUGUUCAACCAAAGCAUGUAUUUGUGUUGAUGUAUGCCAAAAUAUGCCUUUAACUAAAGUACCGCUAGGCCUAAUUAAAGACAAGGUCAUGAAUUAAUUAA